AUGGAGGAUUUCAACGACGCCAAUCUCAAUGACGCUUACAUGCCAGGCUCACUCCUGCACGGCGUUACAAAUGUCUUGCAACCAGAUGUUGCUACUGACCUAUUGAACGACCCUGCUUUUUUGAACACCUUGAACGACCCGGAUUCUGAGGACCCGAGUUUUUGGACGGACUUGAUUCACGAGACCAACCCCGACUUCAUCGACCCAUCAUUGAACGACGGCGCUACACCAACAUCUUUAUUCUCACAGGCUCAGGCCUAUGACGGACUUCCAUUAGCAAGCGACGAUGUGUUCCUCCCAUAUACAUCGGUAUCUGAUCAGAGCCUUACCUACGCAGCAUCACCGGCCCAUCAAAACGCUGUCUCAUAUGCAUCGCCCAGUCAUCAGAACAUCCUCUCGUAUGCAUCGCCUGUUGGCCAGAAGGUUGUAGUAAAGGUUCCAAACAAUGGCUUGGCACACUCCCCCACACCCAUUUCGUCAAGAUACCGGCCAUCCAAAACCGCACGAGUGCCCUCAUUAGUACCUCAGCGACAAGAAGUUCCUGUUCAGCAAUUCCAGUUUGAUAACCUGAACUCUUACCAGCCCAGUAUCGACUACUCGUCUCAAGGCAUCACUGGGAACAACGGGGUUUUGAACUUUCCACUGUUACCACCAGCUCCAGUGAAAGCGGGAGUCAAUGGGCUUGCGCAACAGUUCCCGGAUUUGCCUCAUUUGAACGCAGGUCUUCAGCGUGUCUUCGCACCUCAGGUUCAACAGCCCAUCUCGGAGUGCAUAGCAUGUGGUUGCCAGCCCCAUCGUGGCCCAUGCCCUCCGCUCCAGCUCCAGAUGCAUCAGUUUCAACAGUUUCAGAAGCUACAAGCGCAAUGCGCAAUAAAGGCUAAGGCAUCGUUGCCCUCCCCCCCACGCAAGAGACCAUCUCAGAAUGAUGACGAUUACGCGAAUGAUCAUGCAGUCAAGGUUCGAAAGACCGCCCAAACUGGCCGUCGCUUUUCGGCACCAAAAAGAGGAAGGGCUAGCAAGGUUAGCAAGGCUGACGCAAGAAAGCACUACCCGGCAAGCAUUCAUAUCAACCAGUGGCAGGCAAAUGGGUUUCAUUUCUCAUACCAACCAGGAGGACAGUGGGAUGAGGACAUCUUGCUCUCAGCUAUGGAUGUUCGUUCUUACGUGGACAACUGCCCUCGAAAACUCACAAUCUGGCUGCAAAACACUCCGUCGCAGGUCGGCCAACGGACUAGUAAAUGCGACAUGAGGUGCCGCUACUCAGAGUGCCCGGUCAAAUACGGAACCAUGAGAAACGGUUGGUUUCGCGUAGCAUUCGACGAGUUUCCUGAGCAUACUACCGAGAGCCGCUUUGACCCCUACAGAGUGGCCGGCUCCAUGCAUCUCUGGUGUUUCGAGCAGUGUAUUGAUCCUUUCGAACUCUUCCAGAGGGGUAUGCUGGUUGGAGAUGAGCGUGAUUUCCGAUUGGAGCACAACGCCAUGACACUCCUCCGAUCGGGCGAGAAGGACAUCUUUGAGGCAGCCAUUGAUCCCUGGAUCAAGGGUCGCCAAAAAGUCGGGGUUUCUCGCCAUAUCCCUUAUGCUAGGCAUGAGGAUACCCUCUCGUACGCGCUGAUCAAGCACCACCUCGAGAGCCAGCCCGGGACCCGCCAGCAUGUCCGCGACAAGCGCAAUGGUGAAAGGCAACUGGACAACUUGAAGACACAGGACAUCCACAUGGGCCGUCUUGACUUCUUUGUCGAGAGGGAUGAGGCGUCCAAGGCUAAGCUGAAGGGCAAGAUGGAGUAUCAAAGGCCUGCCAAGAAGCAAUACAGACCACCUGCCGUGCCAGAACAGAAAGAGUUAACUGCGGACAACGACUUUUCUAAAGACUUUGCUUCGAUUAUUGACGCAUAUCUUCCUCAAGCCACUGGGCAAAGUUUUGCAGAGGUGCAGGCCCAGUACAAGACAGAGAAAUUGGCUACAAAGGCUCCCGUCCUGGCUCAUGGCGCAAAAGUUGAGGAUUCGAUCACGGUCAGUGUACCCGCUGACCAGAUGGUUGAUCAGAAGAACCUAACUCUUGGAACUCCCUCCGAUCUGUUUUCGCCGAUAUCACCAAAAGCCAAGAAAGCUACAGCUAGUGAUCAGUCAGGCAGCGAGUCCAAGCAACGAAGUUGUUCUCCUCACUCAAAGUUCAUGGAAAUUCAAAAGGGUGAAAGACCACUCCCGGAUAUCAGCCACCACAUGAAAGGUAGGAAGUCCUGGGCUCAAGUCAAAGUUGCCACCGCCCUGUUCGAGGGACAAAGCCCCCGCUCGGCGUCUGGGAACGCCGGCGAGGAAGCUCAGCGCUCACCUUUGAGGAGAAGCAUCCGGGUGAGCGCCAAGAGGACGCCUUGA